AUGGCACUCCAACCCUCUCUUCGCAGCUUGAACGUCGCGGGCACCGUCCGCGCCCCUCACACGCUUGACAUCUUCCUUGACUAUGUCUGUCCGUUUAGCGCAAAGUUGGCGCGGUCCAUUGAUAAUGUCCUGAAGCCACUGUUGGGUCCUGGUGGAAAAUAUGACGGACAUGUCAAAGUCAUUAUCAGGCCGCAAGUCCAGCCGUGGCAUGCUACAUCCACCUACACUCACGAAGCUGGUCUGGCGGUGGCUCGUGUCGCGCCGGAAUUUUAUUGGCCUUUCUCCGUGCGCCUCUUCGAAAGGCAGGAGGAAUUCUUCGACAUCCCGGCCUCGACUUUGACUCCUCUCCAAAUCCGAGAGAAGCUCGCCGCACUCGCCGCUGAAGUAAUCCCCGCCGAUAAGGUUGAUGCAUUCAAAGAGGCGCUCAAGCUGAAGAGCUCCCCUAACGGCGGGGUUGCUGUCACUGACGACUUGAAAUACACUAUCAAAUUCUCGAGGCAAAACGGGAUUCAUGUCUCUCCUACCGUGCUCUGGGAUGGGCUUGUUGCGAACGAAAUUUCAAGCUCAUGGGGUGAGAAGGAGUGGACUGAGUUCCUGGCUGCGAAGAUUCUGGUCUGAAGAGUGUCUAUGUAUGCCAAUAUUGUACGAUAUAUACAGGAUACAGUUUGGGAAUCAAAGUAGACUUGCGUCGAUGAAGUGCC